AUGAAUAAAGGAAGAAAUAAGGACACAGAGCGGUUCUUGAAGCUUUUGUUGGAAAGACUGCUUAUAGCAAACAAUUUACCGUUAGAUACAGAUAUCAGUGCGUUGAUGGAUAAGGAAGAAUUUCUGGUAUUUUUUCGGAUGCUAAACCGUUUCAAGCUGCGGCGUAAUAGGCUCCCUAUUUUACGCCCAACGUUCGUUCGCCAUCUUAUCCCCUUUGUUUUAGAGUCCAAAUUCCUUAUUUCUCGACGCAUUGGCUCAUCAGACUUAGAAGCAUUUUUGAAGAUACUCUACAGGUAUCUUUCAUUUAGCGAAACGAAUGAUCCACGCAUUAUAAUGAAGGCCGAUGCCGCGUUUCUAUACUUUAUGGCUAAAAUGCCAGGCUCAAAGGUCGAAAUUCUUCUUGCAUAUACUAUGGCAAUGUUUCCGCAGUCUCGAUCAUUAUUCACAUCACUUAAUCUAAUCUCCAAAAAUUCGAACGGUAAAGAUUAUCUAACUCACAACGGUAAAAUGAUACCAAAUUGCAAUAUUAGAGACGAGCUCUGUCUUGUCGACAAGAUGCCAUCCAUGAAAAUUAUUCAACUUAUAUACGACCGUCUCUUUUUGGGUCAUGAGUUGACAAAAUGGGAUGUUGGUGCAUUGUUCUCCAGGUAUUUGGACGAGGUCAGAAGAAUUCAGUCCCAAGAUACGCUAUCGGAUCAUCCAUUUUGCAGGAAUAAUCACUCCUCCCUCAUUUUAGAAUCUUUCAUUCGUUAUAUUAUCACAUGGCUGAAGAAACCAGUGUUUGCAUACAAUAGAGUGAUUGUGUUUCUGAACUCUGUUUAUUGCUCCGAGCUCAAGUCAAGGUAUCUUUCAAUACUUAUAUCUGAUCUUUCAAGAAGGAGUUUGUCACAUGCAUGCUCUUUACUUAUACGGGCUGAAAUGGACACAAAAGUAGACUCGGAUGUUUUUUUUAGUAUCAUAAACGAAAUGAUGAGGCUAGGAGAGGAAGAAAGUGCCAAAAAGUAUUAUGCUUAUGCUUGUCGGAGCGAAAGAAUUUCCAAAUCGUUCACCGAUUCACAGAUUGCCAAAAUAUGUGUUGAUUUCAAAUGGGAUGCACCAAAAUAUUGGCUCAUUAAUAGACUUUCUGUUGAUCCUAAAGUCAUAUCAAAAUUUGAAAAUGAAAAGUCUGGAUCAAAUAGUGAUAGGACCCCUGCAUGGUUACAAAAGGAAAAGCCGUUCAACACCGAUGUGUUCAUAUCAUUUCUAGACGGAUACCAAAAGACCGAGAACCGAUAG